CUGGCCCUCUCCUUCGCACGGACGGCAUCCAUGGCCUCAAAAGUCGCAUUUCGCAUGCGCGGAGAGGGAACGAGAAGGUAUCUGAACCUUGUUCACCCGCAUUUACUCAUGAUCCUUCUCACGGGGGACGUUCCGCGACGAUACAUACGGAUCUCCAGCUUCCUUGAAUCGACGCUGCUCGGGUCGACGUUUGCGCAUAUGGUGGCGCCGUCUGCUCCAUCACGGGUGCAUGCUCGAUCUUCUGAGCGGGUGAUACAUAGCUGUUAUGGUUAUUUAUGCGCCCUCACAUGUCCGCCAAGGCUCCGCACCCCAUCGCUAUUGGACCUCAAACUCCCUAUGAACUCCUGUGGCGUCUCUUGAAGCAGUCCCGGCAGGUUCAUCACCCCCCCUCGCCGCGCUGGAAUCUUCGGAGUGGUGCCAGUCGAUGAUGGCUCUCACGUCGAGCGAGUGGAGCACCAUAAGCGGAUCAAGCACAUGAAAAUCCUCCUGCAUCCCGGGUAAACGGACCCGGAAAGUACUACGCCUUCUCUCGCAAGUCAGGUCACACAUCCCCGCUUCCGCAAUCCGGUGUUGCCACCAAGCAUCGGAAUCAAAUCAGUGGCAACUGCAUCCCGCACGCCCAUCUUCCAAAGUUCCGCCAGCUGACUGGGAGGGGGCACCCCCCUUGCUUGCUGGCGUGCAGCUGGAACGCUUCGGGAGAGUAUCAGAAUUCUGCCUGUACAACAUUGAUAUCGGAUGUCACGCGUCGUGCGCACCAGUUGUGCAUAUGUUGUUCUGCCGUAUCCUGAAUGGGACUGCUGCGUCUAUUAAGGCGAGUUUCAUCUGAACUGGGAACUUUCGGACGCCCCGCCCCCCAACCACCCAACCGCCAAGGACUUGGACUUCCAGCCCUCUGUUUAUCUCAGGCCAAUGACGCCAGACGAGAGCUCCGUUGUGCAUUCGAUCGGGCAAGACCUGGUGCAGGGAUUCGUCGCCAUCGCCCACGAGACGCUUUGGCUAGGCAUCUACGGCACGGUGGUGGUCCAAGCCUGUCUCGUGCUUCUCUCGAAGAAACGCCGCGGCGUGCGCGGGUCGCAGGUGAACCUCGCGGCGGUCAUCGCGAUGUUCGCCAUUGCGACCGUGCAGUGGGCGCUCGACCUCGCCGGCUUCAUCAUCGAGGGCAAGAUGACGCUCAUCGAGAAUCCGGACGCCGACAUCGGCGUCAAGUACGGCGAUGCCUCGGGCGUCAUCUUCAAGAUCGUCGCUGCUCAGGCGGCGAUCUAUGGGUAUAUGGCGUUGCUCGGGGAUGCGAUCAUCAUCCACCGCGCGUGGAAGCUCAAGGCAACCCACCAUGUCUGGAUAUUCGCUGUCCCCUGUCUUCUAUGGCUCGGCUCUGUCGUCGCGACGUUGCUACUCACCUACUGCGUCGCCACAAUCGGCUCCGAUAUCGUCCUGGGCAACUUCACACACCCCGCGUUUUGCAGGAACGUCCAGCUGGUGACGUACGUGAUGCCCUGUGCCACGACGGCCGUCGCGACGGCGCUGAUUGGGGCCAUGGCGUUGAAAUUCGCGCGGACGAGGAAGAGCAUCGGUCAUGUCGACCGAGUCAGCAGCGUCGGGACAGUACACAAGAGCCCGGCGUGGUAUGUUCUGCUGCUCCUGGUCGAAUCGGGCGUCCUUUAUUUUUUAUUCUUCCUCAUUCAAGUGAUCGAAGUUGCUCCGGUCGUGCACAACUGGCUCGCUGCAAAUGCGGGCCUGUCACUCGCUUUCAAGAUGUUCGUGUACGCGUCGAGCGUGUUUAUCGGCAUCUACCCGACAAUCCUCAUCGUCCUCGCGCACUCCCGAUACGCUGUGCUCGACCAAGUGGCCGCGAAAACAUCGUCCUCUGCAUACAGCUACGACACAGCGCGCCCUGUCCAGCACUCGAUUGCGCCGCAUUUCUCCGCGGGAACCGUGCAGGACAUAUCGACGUUCCAUGUCCAGGUGCGGGGCCGCGAGGAGGGCAUCGAGCUCGCGGACGUCGUUCGCGGGGACGAGAAAACGGACGCGAAGAAUGGCCACAGGGAGUAUUGAGUGCGUGUUAUGUAGGAUUGUUAUGUAUGUAAAUGUGUCUGUAUUUAAGUAUCUGUCGGGAAUUGAAUUGCGGGGCGGAGUUUGAAUUUGUUGAUGGUACACGGCUUCCAUACACUGCUCCCCACGCUCACGUACAUAUAUCUACGCUUCGUUCAAUCUACGCGCAACAUCGCAUGAAGCAGUCUAUUGUACCCUGUGGAUCCUCGAUCAUGAACUGCAUGCUGGUGAGCGCUGUCGCGUCGAAGCACAAAGAACACAGAUGACCUACAAAAUGGUUGGCGCCCUCGACCAUCUUGAAUGUGAUCGAACAUUCUGGCUUCGCCUCGGCAAGCAUUCGCUCCUCCAGCUUCCAAGAGGCGUAAAUCGUCGGCCAUGAGUCAGCGGAACCAGCCACCACGAAAAACUGGGUAUCUAUCCACAGCUUCCCCCGCACGUGCACGUCAAACAACGAUUUGUCAAUCAACUUCGCUGUUACGCUACCGAAACCCUGCGAGAUGAGGGCAUCAUCGUAUUUGGAGCUCGCGGUGAAAUCGAUGAGAUGCUCCAUGGAGAUACGGGCGGUUGUAGGUGGGCGGCGAGGGUCCGUGAGGUCGUACGUCAGCGCGCUUGGGUCAUGCGCCGUGAGGUCGCCGUGUAUGAAGAAGCUGGAGACCCAACGCGCGAAGAAUGUUGACAAUUCGUCGGAGGGAAUAUCAGGAUCGCUGUGGGGGACGUGCAGUCCUUCCGGAUGCGGAAUGGCGAACACCAUGGUCGGCCCCUCUGUCGAAGUCUUGAUAAGAUGGCUCUUCCGGCUCUGAAUCGAGACCUCUCACGGAACAGAAUCAUGCUGCGAACAGAGCCGCGAAGAGUUCGACGUGCCUGUUCUGGUAGAUGUUCUACGGAUGCCACAAUCGACAGCACUUGUAGACAUCCGAGCGACCAUCCCACCACCGCAACACGAGCAGGAAGGGAGAACGAGGCGACUAAUCCAGCGAUCAGCAGGGCCAGAUCCCGCCCCAUUUCCGCCAGCAGCCGCUCCUUAUCCUCCUCGUGCCCAUUGACGAACAAACUCAUCUCUUCCGCCGAGUAGGGAGUCGUUCCCGGGUAUCCACGGCGAUUCACGGCGAUGACGCGGACGCCGUUCGAAGGGCCGAUCUCCGCAAGCGACGCAAAUGUCCCUGGCGGAAGAUGAAUCUGAUCAGCUCUAC